ACUCUAUAUUCCAGUAAAGAUAUGAUCUUAAAAAAUACGAGUAUAAAUAUUUUUAGGUAUACUUGUUAUUAAAAGAAUAAAAUUACUAAACUUGUGUGAACAUAAGCUUAUGGGAGAAAAAUCAAUAAAAUAAGUAGGUUUCUCUUUAUAAAUGUGCGAAUGAAUAAAAUUUUGCCUGACCAACUCAGCGAAGAAGAAAAAUAUCAUAUACACAAACUUUAUACUCUAUUAUAAAUAUUAUGACUCUAUUAUUUGACUUAUGUAAAGUACAAUUAACAAAGAAGGAAAAGAUAUUAAUAUUAUAAACAAAGUGUUUUAUAUCACGCGAUCAUUUUUAAUUAUAUGUCAAGAGGAAAAAUACUGUCAAUUUUCUGAGUAAAGUACCUUACCAGAUUUUAAAAUAAUCUUUUAAACAGAAGUAGGUGAAACUCAUUUGAAAAAGGUUUUUAAAAAUCAAAUUGCUUGUUUUUUAUUUGUUGCUUUGGUAAAAAUAAAUAGAUAUAUUCAGAGUCAGAAUGCAAUAACUUUAUUUGCGCGCUGACGCACGAACUAAUAUCAGUCAAGUUACAGCAGCGGCCUAGUGACUUUCACUGCUAAAUGACUGGUAUUUAAGCGUGCGAUCAUGAGCAAAUCAAGUUAAAGAAUUCGGGACUGAGAAGCUCGUAUUAAUUUAUAAUUACAAAUCACUUUGUGAAAAUAUUUAAUUUUAAAUAAUGCUAAAUUGACAUACUUUUUUUUAUAUACACAAACAAUAUAAUUAAUGAAAUGAAACGAAUACAUUUCUAUGAAUACAUUUCUAUAAGAAGUUUAAAAAAAUUCAUUUCAAAUAAAAAUUAUAUUUAAAAAUAAUAAAUAAAUAUAAAAAUAAUGUGUGAAUGUGAUGACGCCCCUCUUUAUAAAAGAAGCCAUAAAUGUCCUUCGUUGUGAAAAAACCGACGCCUAUUUGCUUUGAUGCUUUAUUACAAAACAACAGUAACUCCUGAAAUUGCUGCGUUCCUGCAGCAGCUUGCAGUAUAUGCUCAAGCAAAAUAAAAUGGAAAUGAAUCUGCAAUUAAUCCAUUUUUGAUUCCGUCAUCCUCAAACAAUAUUGUUUCAACGUCAAGAUCAGUGAUGGUAAAAAAUGGCGCACUUGAAUUUAGUAAAUCGAAAGAGGUGGAAUUUUCACGAUUCAAAAAAAGGCCGGAAGAAAUGGUUCGUCGCUUAUUAAUUGAAUUGGUAGGGCGAGAAGAGCUCAAAUCAAUGACUGCUCUUGGCUUUGGAAGAAAAGGAAAAACUGGAAAAGCUGUACCUGAGCAGAUAAGGAAUGCUGUUUACAACUAUGUUAAAGAUAAAGCAAAGGGCUUUUUGUACGAAAAAUUUGUGGAUACAAUUAAUAACCAGUGCUGCACAUUACGCAACCCAAAAAAACAGAAAGAUGAUGAAAAAGAAAAGAAAAUUCGUAAAGGCAAUAAAAAUGAUCAGGGUAAUGAUAAACAGAAGAAUAAAACAGAUCUAAGUGAUGACGAAGAAUACGAAUUGAGAAAUCCAGAAAUUAAUGAUCAUAAAGACAAUGAUUCUCAAAGUCAAGAUGAGGAAGAUAUUAGUGAACCAGAUUCAGAUUCAAAGUCAACAGUUGCCAAAAAAAGAAAAGUUGAAGAUAUAUAAAAUUAAAAAAAAAUG